AUGGGCUGUGGGCCCAGUACCGUACUGUCGGAUCAGGAACAACAAGUAAUAGUCGCGACGUGGAAGGCGCUACGGAAGAAUCUUUUCUGUCAACGAGGAGCUGGGACCGCCGCAUUGCCGCCACCCGAUUCCCAUUCCGUCGCUGCUAUCCACGGGAAAAUCGCUAGUAGAAAAGGUGAGUGGGCGUGUUCUACUGCAUUGGGUUAG